AUGUCGACUCGUCAUCGUGCCCCGAUGCUCUUGUUUUCUACCGGCAACAACGGUGUGUGGAGGUUAUACGAUGUCAUGCGCGACAAGGUCCUUGAUUUACAGCUAAAAUUAUCAAAAAAACGGUUUUGUGGAUCAUCAAAAGGAUGGUUAAUAGCUGUGGAAGAGGAUUUUACGAUAACCUUAAUCAAUCCGGUGUUUAGGGUUAAGGGCAGGAAAGUGAAAGAAAAUUCAAUCAUCCGUCUUCCUCCGUUCAACCCUCCAAGCUGGGAAGACGUAUGUAUUUGGAGGCCUAACUAUGGUGUUUACAAGGCCACAAUUACAGCUGAUCCAAUACUAGAUGCAGACAAUUGCGUUGUGUUGGUCAUAUACGAAGGUCGUUGUCAGUUGGCUUUUAUUAGACUCAACAAAGACAAAAUGUGGACUUACAUCGAAGACCUGAGGUUCGUACUUUUCGAAGUUGUUCCGGUUCGAAAUCAAUUCUACGCUGUUGGUGGUGAUGAGUCGCAACUUUUAUCUUUCGACAUUACUGCUCGUUCCAGUUCGGAUAUAAAAUUUAUUACUACAAGGAAACCAGACGAAUUUUUUACGAGGCUAUAUCUCGUGAGUGUAAACGAGGAGGAGUUGUUGACGGUUGCUAGGUACAUUGAUCACGAUUAUGAACGUGAGAAACGUGUGACAAAAAAAUUUGAAAUUUUCAAGUUGGAUUAUUUGAAGCGCGAGUGGAUUGAGAAAAAAAGCUUGGGUGAUGUGGCUCUCCUUUUGGGUGACAACUCUACCGUUGCCGUUGUGGCUUCGAAUAUUCCUGGAUGCCGGUCGAAUUGCAUAUACUUCACCCAUGAUGAAGAUCGUCAGUCAACAAUUGAGUUUGGUGGCCGUGGACCUCAUGAUUUAGGUGUGUAUGAUCUCGAAAGCGGAAUCGUUGAUCCACAGCGGCCUUUCACUUUCAGCAAGCUUGCUAUGGAGAUGAUUUGUCUUACGUAUAAGAAAAAGCGUACACCUGUGGCCAGCGGUCCGAUUUACCGGAAAAUUCGACUUUUUCGAAAAAUUAUCAAAUUUUAUCAGAAUGAAGAUCUUAAUGAGUAG